AUGAACCAAGCUUUUAUAAUCAAAGUUGACAAGAAGAAAAAGUGGCAUGGCAAUAUCAAUCAGUUCCAACUACCACAGCUAUGCAUUAAACUUAGCAAAACACAACAAAGCUAUGUACCUAAACAUCUAGAACUAAGCUUCAACAUUACUCAGGCAUUUGAUAAUAUAGGCGGAGAGUUAACUGAAUCGAAAAAUAUCAGCAUAGAUACAAAACUUGGAACUAGAAUUAAAAGAUCGAAUGAUAUACCAAUUCUUUCAACCGAAUUUAAUACAAAACCAUUUCUAAACAAAUACUAUCUACCAGAAAUUUAUAGAUACCCAAUAUAUAUACCUCUCAAACUAUUACUUAAAGACUUAUUUAAAGUGAUGAAUGUUGACUGUUGGACGUUACAAAAUAGAAUACACCAAUGGAGAACUACUACUAAUCCAAUCAAUUGGCAACUUACCUUCGAUUCAAUAAACUGGGAAGACAAAGUCAAUUGA